AUACAGACCCCAGUUAACACGUGUACCAUCGUGGGAAACAGUACAGCAAUGUACAGUAACACGGGUUGGUGUUAACAGCAAGCACUCUUGUUAGGCAUCGCAUGUAGGCCUACCAUUCCAGCUGUACAUUUGUGGAACAGUAUUGCCUUUAAAACCAUUACAUGGAUGCCCUAAAGAACGCCAACAAGAGAUGGUUCAGUGAAGUAAGUGACCAGCUCUGGCCGGGCCAGUGCAUGUCGCUUCAGAUUGAAGAGGUUGUUUACGAUGCAAGAUCUAAAUAUCAACACAUUCAAGUUUUAAAAAGCUCAAACUAUGGCAACGUCCUUGUCCUUGACGGGGUCAUACAGUGCACAGAUCGGGACGAGUUCUCUUACCAAGAGAUGAUAGCGCUUCUCCCUCUGAACAGCCAUCCGAACCCUGAGAAGGUGCUCGUGAUCGGAGGGGGUGAUGGUGGAGUCUUACGUGAGAUCGUGAAACAUCCUGCCGUCAAGCAAGUUAUACAAUGUGAGAUUGAUGAGGGAGUGAUAGAAGUAUCCAAGAAGUUCCUGCCUAACAUGUCAUGUAGUUACUCUGACCCCAAGCUGACAACUCAUGUGGGAGAUGGCUUUGUCUUUAUGGGAAAACACCAGGGCGAGUUUGAUGUCAUUAUCACAGAUUCUUCGGAUCCAGUUGGACCAGCUGAGUCGCUAUUCCAAAAACCAUAUUAUGAUUUGAUGAAGAGUGCUCUGAGGGAAGGGGGAAUCGUCUGUACACAAGGCGAGUGUAUGUGGCUGCACUUAGAGCUCAUCAAGUCAAUGACCGAGUUCUGUAAGACAUUGUACCCCGUGGUUGCCUAUGGAUACACCACUAUUCCUACAUACCCAUCAGGUCAGAUUGGGUUCAUGAUGUGUAGUCUCAAUAAGGAAACGAAUUUCAAGGAGCCCGUGCGGAUAUUCAGUGAUGAAGAAGUCGACACGUUAGGUUGGAAGUAUUACAACUCGGAUGUCCACCGGGCUGCUUUUGUGUUGCCACAGUUUGCCAAAAAGGCCCUGGCACUGGGUGCUGAGAAUGGCUUCUAGUCAAAGUGAGAUGUGAAUGGCUUAUUCCCCUAUUCGUUGUGAGACUAGUCAAUUAUAAAGCAAAGGAGUGUCCAUAUAAAACAUGUGAAGACUUUGAAAUCAUUCCUUGCUCGAUAGAAGUUGUUUUUCAGCGAGUUACGCAUGUGAAUACCAGACUCAGUAAAAAAAGUUAUGGUGUAAGGGAGUCGGGUGUGGGCACCCCCUUCUGCAUGUGAGGAUCAAACAGGGAUAUAAGAUUCCUUAAAUACAAACUGUCGGGGGAGGUAGAGGUGGUAGGGGUUGUAUGCAAGGUAUGUAUGCAAUGUAUGCAAGGUUGAUGUAAUCAACCUUGCAUACAUCGGACACCAGUGUGCGAUGUAUGCAAGGUUGAUUACAUCAACCUCAUCAUGUCAUUUGCUCAAAAUGUCCCAAGAAAGGCAGACAAUAAUGAUGAAAUAAUAAAGAUGAGUCUAAAAGUCAGUGUCCUUGGAUUGAUGGCAGAAAAUACUAGACAAAGUUAACAGCUGAUCAGACUUGUAAUCCACCAGGUACCUAGCUCUUGUCUAAAU